GGGCAGGAAGCGGCAGGCGCAGCGGCUGGCGGGGACGGCCGCGAAAAAGUGGGGCAGCUUAAAUGUUAAUUUGGACGUGGAGGUCUUGCUGUUAUGGCAGCCAGCACCGUCUGACGCCGGGAAGGCAGCAGUUACGUUGCCGUGCAUGUGCUGGUGCAUUCGGGGUGCUGAUUGUGAGCUGGGGUAGGAACUGCCCCGCACAGAGCUCCCCCAAAUGCACACCCCAGCAGAGCUGCGUGCAUGUGCAGGGAUGUGUGUGACCAGGGCUGGCUGAGCAUCCUCACCUCAGUGCUACAAGAUGGAAGGCUCAGAGGAGCUGGAGAGAAGCCUCCUGACACAGCCCUGGGCUUCUGUCUGCUUUGGUGAGUCCACUUUUCUUGCCAAAGCGUCCUUCAGGGAUACUGGCUACAUCCUGCUGAUCUCCGACCUCAGCAGCGUCUGGUACGAAAGUGCAGACGCUGAGGCUGUGGGACAAAGGUCCAAGGAGCUGAACAAGCGGCUGAUGGUCCCUGUGCCUGCCUUCCUGCACCGCCUGUGCAACCUGAUGUGCCCCUUGCUGGCAGGAAAGCCAGACACUGCCACCUCCUUCUCCUGCCACCGCACUGCCAGUGGCCUCAGCCUGCACAUGAAGAGCGAGCUCUCGGGACUGCCCUUCUACUGGGACUUCCACUGCUGUCCUGCUCCUGUGGAGAUGGUGUCCCAUCACCUUGUGCAGCCCCUAAUUCGGAUGAGCCUGGUGCUGCAGUACCAGGUGCAAGAACUGACUUCUCUGCUGCUCCAAAAGGAUGCUGAGAUCGAAGACUACAGGGAGAGUGGGGCUGCUCUCAGCAGAGACCGCCUGCGGACAGAGCCCUUCCAGGAGAAGACAUUUCAGCAGAAAUCCAUGGCUGAGAGCCUGCCCCUGAUCUGUGGUGUGGGAGAAGGGCAGGCAUUCACCUCCACUCUGCGGCAGCUCUACAUGGCAGUGAUGCAGCAGGAGGCCAAGCAGGCUCUGAAACGGCAGCAUUCAGAAGAUGCUGAGGGCCCAGCACCCACUGCAGAAACCACAGGGCACCCCCACCUGCUGCCUCCAUCCCAGGAGGAUGAAACAGCAUCUUCCAGCAAGGCAACCACGCUGGCCUCCUCCCCAGCUCAGAAACCCAGGCAGCCUGUGGCCAAGGCCAAGCCAAAGAAGGCGAAGGGGCUUUUUAGCUGAAAGACCGCUGCCACCCACCCUGAGGGUCUCUGCUCCCCCCAGCACCCAAGAGAAGCAGUGCAGAGCACCCAUGCAUCUUCUGCCUCCUCUCCUGCAUUUCCUGGUGGACCCUGUCCUGGUCAUGGUCCCCUCCUGAGGUGUCUCCAGCUGGGGAGAUGGGGUGUCUCUUUUCUUCACCAUUGUCUCAGGAACUUUUCUACCUCUUCCCUGGAGCAGAACUUGCCCAGGCUGCCUUGUGGUUGAGCCAGUGAUGGACCUGGGGUGAGUGGGAGGGAUGCUGCUGGGCAGGUUGGGACAGCUGGGACUCUGGCAGGACUAUGGGGUUUGGAUGCUCUUGUGUGGGUUUGCAAUAAAGGACUGUGGGUGA